UUAAGGAUAUAUAUAAAAAAUUUAAAAUUUACCAGCAAAAAUGGCGGAAGAAGCAGAACAGGUUCCUGCAAUAGCUGUAAAGGAGCCUCUGGAUUUGAUACGUCUGAGCCUGGAUGAGAGGAUCUAUGUGAAGAUGAGAAACGAAAGGGAGUUACGUGGAAAAUUACAUGCGUACGACCAGCAUCUCAACAUGGUCCUGGGUGACGCGGAGGAGACGGUCACCACGGUGGAGAUCGACGAGGAGACCUACGAGGAGGUGUACAAGACGACCAAGCGCAACAUUCCCAUGCUGUUCGUCCGUGGGGACGGCGUGAUCCUGGUGUCGCCGCCCACCCGAGCGGGACUGUAGUGUCCGCAGCGCGGGUACGGUCCAAGCAUCUCGCAACAAAACACUUGUGAAUUAUUUCCUUCAAACAUUGAGACAUUUUUACAAUUAUGAAAUAAGGUCAGCAAUGUGAUUUUUUUUUUUUGUAUUUGAAUGUGAAGACAUUUUUAUGAUCUUUAUUUUAUAAUUUGUAUUAUUGACGUAAACUAGUAGCUCUCAUCCCAUAAACACAUAAUUGAAGGACAAGAUAAGCGCUCUAAGUGAAAACAGUAUGUACCGUCAUUUAUUUAUGUUGUGUGAGAUGGUGUAGCGCAGUAAACAAAUACUUGGGAGUAGGAGCAUCAGCUCAAAAUGAAUGAUACCAAUAAAUGGCCUUUUAAUGUUUUUCACAUCAUACAUGUGAUUACAUGUGAUAUAAGUAGAGCCAAGAUUAUAUGGUUUUAUUUUGAA